CAACUCGCAAUUCGCAAUUCGCAAAUAGUACUACUGCACUGCUCCUCCUUUGUGAAAGAAAAUUGCUUAAAACCACGGGCUCGUGUCAUCACGGGCCAGAUGCUGUGGCUUAUAGCACGGCUCUUUGUGAAACGAAUUAUCGCAAUGCAAGCGAGCGCGUUCGCCUUAAUUAUAUGCUGUACCAUUAAAUUCCAACAUCCAACUUAACUCUACAACAUUUUUUUCUCCAAAAAAAAAAAUAAUAAUAAUAAUUAAUUAAUUAAGGGAGUUCCAAAACUUCAGAGCAGCUAGCUAGGCUAUAUAUAAACUUUCGACUCCUGUAAGUACAUUCAUCAGAAAAAUCCUGGGCAGAGAAGAGAUUGACCAUCUAGAAAUUACAGACAGAUAGAUCAGAUCAGAGAUCGAUAAAUAGAUAGAUCAUGAAGAUGCCUCUCUCGUUUAUUAGAUCUCUGUCAAGAACACAGACAGAUCAUGUUCCCGAUGAUGAUGGUACUGAUGAUGCAGAGGGUGCCGAUGUUUGUACAUCUCUUACGGUGUGGAGGAAGUCACUCAUCCUCAACUGCAAUGGCUUCACCGUCAUCAAUUCCGACGGCAAUCUUAUUUACAGAGUCGACAAUUACACCGGUCGUCCGCCGGAGGUCGUUCUCAUGGACGCCUCCGGGGAACCCCUCCUCUCCCUCCGUCGUCGCAAGAAGCUGGGAUUGAUGGACAAGAACUGGUGGGCGGUGUACGAAGGGGAAGUCGGUGAAUUUUGCAGCAAGAAGCCGAUCUGGCGCGUCAGGAAACACGUUAACUACUUGUUAAAUCCUAUCAAUGGCGGCAAUAGUAACAGCGGCGGCGGUGUUCUGGCGCACAUUUAUUUUGGGCCGUCGACGGCGUCGGAGAAGGGGUAUGCGUACGUGAUUGAGGGUUCGUACGCGGUGAGGUCAUGCAGGGUGCUGGACAGGUCGAGGAGGCUGGUAGCGGAGGUACGGCGGAAGGAGUCGGCGCACGGCGGCGCUGGCAUAUCCUUCGGCGCCGAUGUUUUUGUUUUGAUGGUUCACCCGGGGUUCGAUACUGGGUUUGCAAUGGCGGUGGUGUUGAUAUUAGAUGAGAUGUUUUCCUAGCUACCUUAUUUUUCGCUUCAUUUUUUUAUUUUUUUGGCAUUAAUACUUUGUACAUAUAUAUUAGAGAGAAAAUAAAUUUAUUUCUUAGCUGUGAGUUUUAGAA